CUUGAACAUCCACUGCACCGCGACCAUCAACCACUACACCACCAUCGAUUUCCACCCACAACCACGAGCGCAAAGCAGCUUUCCGAUCAACCUCUCCUUUUUUGAUCAAAACUACAUCCGAAAUUAUCCGCGCAUAGCCACACCACAGGCAAAAUGCCAAAAUUCUUUUGCGAUUAUUGCGAUGUCUACCUCACGCACGACUCCAUGAGCGUGCGCAAGGCCCACAACAGCGGUCGCAACCAUCUCCGCAACGUUGUCGAUUACUACCAACAAAUCGGUCACGAAAAGGCCCAGUCCGUCAUCGACUCCAUUACCAACUCCUACGCCGCCGAAGGCCAAGCCCACGCCAAUCCCAUGCUGCCACAAAAUCAACCCGGCGGAUUCGGCUCCAACCCCUUCCCUCCUCCCGGCGCAGGCUUCCCAGGCAUGCCACCCCCAGGCUUCCCCGGUGCCUUCCCCGGUGCACCAGGCGCUCCUCCGUUCCCACCUCCGUUCCCUGGCGCCCCAGGUGGUGCCAACGCCCCUCCAUUUCCGCCGCCAUUUCCCUUCCCAGGUGCGCCAAAUUCGGCUUCCCCUGCCGGCGGGGCACCUCCCUUCCCGCUUCCACCUUUCCCACCUGGAGGAGCUGGUGCUGCUUUCCCGCCUCCUCCUGGUGGCGGCAUGCCACCUUUCCCACCACCAAACGGAGCGGUGCCCCCUCCAGGGGCUUUCCCUCCACCGGGUGGUAUGCCAUUCCCACCGCCGGGAGGGCAGUUCCCGCCUUUCCCUCCUCCAGGAGCGGGUGGGUUCCCGGGUGGUGGCAGACAGUAGAGUGUGGAAAUGAAAUGUAGGUAGUGUCACAGAGAGCGGUAAAAUGAGAUAUGGAUCAACGAAAGGCACUCAUAAGUCUCCUUAAGUUGCGAGCAUGCGUGUAACAUCAGCGGAAACGAUCAGUUAUAAGCAAGUGGCUUGAAGAGAAGAUACCAAGGAAGCGCACGAUAUGAAUAUCAAUGGAUCACACCGUCAAGAUAUCGAGUUUAUGCGUUUAAGCAUCCAGGCAACGGCAUUAAAAGAAGGCAUUGCUGUGGAUAACGAAGGCUACAAUGGACCGCAGAGUAGUAACCUGAGAAGAUGAGUAAAGGGGUGCUAAAGCAGAGAGGUUUGGGGAGAUGGAGAGAAGCGUUGAAAAAGAUACCCAGAGGUCUCAAAGAGAGAGAGGUUGAAGUAGGGAAGAUAGGAAGCAGAGGCAGUGAAGAGAGAAGACCCAAAGCGGAGACAAAUGCAACCCGCACUUAGGAAUAUCUAGUCAUCCUCAGGCG